GGGUUUUAUUCGACCCGCCCAUCUUCGUUUCCAGCAGUGGCAAACGGUGUUCGGAGCUUCAACACACACACAAGAAAUUGUGUAAACAUUCUUUUUUAUUUGUUUUUUUUAUAAACCGUGCGCCCCUUCUGCGAAGAGAAGAGCGAGUUUAUCCUGCGGGCUGCCGAACGCGAGGGACGCGGCGCCCGUCUGGCGCGGGUCGUGUAACUGCACUGCUCGCGAUGAUGCAGCCAUGGAAGAGUACGCAGGCCGGCUUGUCUCCUUCGUCUCACACUCGCCCCAUCGCGUGUCCCAGGUCACGUGUUGUUCCCAGCGUCCAGUGAGUUUACGGAUGGCGGAUUUGUCGGUUGCGGCUGUUUUCAAGAACGUAACCACGAUGGGUUGGUAGAAUGAAGCGGCGCUUGGAUGAACAAGAGAAUGUGCCAGGUGCUGGUGGUGGGCAGCAGCAGCAGCACCAGCAUCAGCAGCAGCCACAGCAGCAGCAGGGACCGCUGACACCACGCAUUGGAGCUGGGGGAGAGGGUGUCUACCCUCGCCCUCAGCACCGGGCGCUUGCGCCUGCCCCGUCUGUGUACGAUCAGAUUUCGGAGAACAUCCCACCAGCAAGCAACAUCCACUAUUCAACGACGCCGACAUACCAGGUUCCAACUGUGCCGCAGGGUUCACUGGGGCAAUCCCCGGGUGUCCACGGGACACAUCAUCACUCCACCUCGCUACCCACCGCUCACCCCCAGCCCAUCCCGCACACCUCUCAUCCCCACACGCAGCCGCAGCCACAGGGACAACAGUUCCAGCGACUCAAGGUGGAGGAUGCUCUGUCCUACUUGGACCAGGUGAAGCUACAGUUUGGCAACCAGCCCCAAGUGUACAACGAUUUCCUGGACAUCAUGAAGGAGUUCAAGUCCCAGAGCAUCGACACACCCGGCGUCAUCAGCCGGGUCUCCAACCUCUUCAAGGGCCACCCGGACCUCAUCAUGGGCUUCAACACCUUCUUGCCACCGGGCUACAAGAUUGAGGUGCAGACGAACGACCUGAUCAGUGUGACGACGCCCACGCAGUCUGCCCAGCCUGUGCAGCAGCCGCCACCGCCACCACAACAGCAGCAACAGCAACACAGCAACGUGCAGCCUCACCCACUGAGCAGCAUCCCUCACCCGCAGCUCUCGCCAACUCAACCACCCACACCAAAACUUGGCAAGGCCGUGCCCAGCUCACCGGUUACGCCGUCAGGCCCCGCAGCUGCUGCGCUCGUCAGCUUCCCUACGCAGCAUGCAGCCACAAGCCAAGCAAGCCAGGGCUCUGGUCCUGGCACUGGAGGUGGUGGUGGCAGCGGCGGCGGUGGCGGAGGUGGCGGAGGUGGUGGUGCCGCUGGAGGACUGCACGGGACGCCACAGCCGCAGCUUCACAGCACCCAGCCCGUGGAGUUCAACCAUGCCAUCAACUACGUAAACAAGAUCAAGAAUCGCUUCCAGGGCCAACCCGACAUCUACAAGGCCUUCCUGGAGAUCCUGCACACGUAUCAGAAGGAGCAGCGUAAUAUGAAGGAGUCUGGUGGGAAUUACCUGCCGAAGCUGACAGAGCAGGAGGUGUAUGCGGAGGUUGCGCGGCUCUUCAAGAAUCAGGAGGACCUGCUGGCUGAGUUCGGCCAGUUCCUCCCAGAUGCCAACGGCUCUCACCUGCUAACGAAGACCUGCGAGAAGGUGGACUCGGUGCACAAUGACCAUGGCGCCACGGUCAAGAAGCCACUGCUCAGCAUGGGCAGCAGCACCAAGCGGCUGAGCCAGAACGGCAGCCAGAUCCGGCGGCUUAGCGGGCCUGGCACCACACCGCCUGCCAAGGCCUCAAAAACAAGCCCCUCGCCACGUUUUACAUUGCAGAAGAAACUGAAGCCCAGCAGCUUUAAGGACACGUCCAGUGCUGACUCGAGCAAACACGGCAGCCUUGGAGAGUUUGCUUUCUUCGAUAAGGUGCGGAAAGCACUGAAGAGCCACGAGGUAUACGAGAAUUUUCUGCGGUGCCUUGUGCUCUUCAACCAGGAGGUGGUGUCGCGCUCAGAGCUGGUGCAGCUGGUGUUUCCCUUCCUAGGCAAGUUCCCAGAGCUCUUCAGCUGGUUCAAGACAUUUGUUGGCUACAAGGAGUUUUCCCACCCCGAGGCGUUGCCCAAGGACCGCUCGGCUGAGGGCAUUGCCAUGGAGAUCGACUACGCCUCCUGCAAGCGUCUGGGCCCAAGCUACCGCGCUCUGCCCAAGAGCUAUCAGCAGCCCAAGUGUAGUGGGCGUACGCCGCUGUGCCGCGAGGUGUUGAACGACACCUGGGUGUCCUUCCCAUCGUGGUCGGAGGAUUCCACGUUUGUGAGCUCCAAGAAGACUCAGUACGAAGAGCACAUUUACCGCUGCGAGGAUGAACGAUUUGAGCUGGACUACGUGCUAGAGACAAACCUGGCGACGAUCCGCGUGCUGGAGAGCGUUCACAAGAAGCUGUCGCGCAUGUCGGAGGAGGACAAGGCGCGCUUCCACCUCGACAGCUGCCUGGGCGGCACCUCUGAGGUCGUGCACCGCAAGGCCGUACAGCGCAUCUACGGUGACAAAGCCAAUGAGAUCAUCGACGGCCUCAAGAAGAACCCCGCUGUCGCCGUGCCCGUUGUCCUCAAGAGGCUCAAGGCAAAGGAUGAGGAGUGGCGCGAGGCGCAGCGCGGCUUCAACAAGAUCUGGCGAGAGCAGAAUGAGAAGUACUACCUCAAAUCACUCGACCACCAGGGCAUCAACUUCAAGCAGAACGACACCAAGGCCCUGCGCUCUAAGAGCCUCCUCAACGAGAUUGAAACAAUCUACGACGAGCACCAGGAGCAGGCGGCGGAGGGAAACGUGUCACCGGCGUCGGGCCCGCACCUCGAUUACGAGUACGAGGACAAGCAGAUCCUGGAGGACGCCGCCUCGCUCAUCAUCCACCAUGUCAAGCGGCAGACUGGUAUCCAGACCGAGGACAAGCACAAGAUCAAGCAGCUCAUCUACCACCUCGUGCCAGACCUGUUCUUCGGCUCGCGCGGUGAGCUCAGCGACAUGGAGGAGUCUGCCGCGGGAGACGAAGAUGCCGCCCCGACCGUGGCCUCCUCCACGGACUCUGCUGAGGGCAAGGCCAAUGGGCCAGCAGAUGGCAGCAGUCCCGGGAAGGGCAAUAAGUCUGAGGGCAGUGGAGGGGGCAGCGUGACGGGCAAGAGCAAGCUGCUGUUCGCCACGACGCACGCGCAUAAGCUGAAGGGGCUGGAGCAUGUGUACAACCUGAUGUUCGUCAACAACAACUGGUACAUCUUCCUGCGGCUGCACCAGCUGCUGUGUUCGCGGCUCCUGCGGAUCUACAUGCAGGCGGAGCGGCAGAUGGAGGAGGAGCGCAUGGGAUCAGAGCCCGCAGCCAAGAAGGACAAGAAGGAAAGCCCUGCCUACCAACUGCGACUCAAGCAGCCCAGUGAGCUGGAAGUAGAUGACUAUUACCCGGCCUUCCUGGACAUGGUGAAGAAUUUGCUGGAUGGCAACAUGGAGUCAUCCCACUAUGAGGACACUCUGCGCGAGAUGUUCACCAUCCACGCCUACAUCGGCUUCACCAUGGACAAGCUCAUCCAGAACAUUGUCCGCCAGCUGCAGCACAUCGUGACGGACGAGGUGUGCGUGCGGGUCAUGGAGCUGUACCUGGGCGAGUCACCGGCCGCUACCGGCGGCAGCUUGGCCACUCAGAGCAGCCGCUCGUCUCACGAGGCCGCCUACCAGAAAAAAGUGGAACAGCACAUGUCCGAUGAGAACUGCUUCAAGGUCAUGUUCAUACAGAGCGAGGGUCGUGUGAAGCUCAUGGUGGAACUGCUGGACACAGAUGAGGACCACUCGGACGGCCCCGUUGAAGUAGAGCGUUGGUCGGACUACGUGGACCGCUACGUGAGCCCAGACUUCUCAUCGCCUGAGCUAAGGGAACACCUGGCUCGCAAGCCUGUCUUCCUGCCCAGGAACCUGCGGCGAGUGCGCAAGUGGCAGCGGGAGCUCGACUGCCAGGAGAAGGAGAGCCGCGAGGCGGCGAGCGGCUCAAGCGGCGCCGGCAGCACCACUGGUACCACCACCCCCAAACCUGGGGAGCCGGAGGCCUUCAACAAGAUCGAGUGCAACUUCAAGCUCAACUCGUACAAGAUGGUCUACGUGUUCAAUUCGGAGGACUACCUUUACCGACGCACUGCCCUGCAGCGUGCCCAGCAGUCGCACCAGCGCGUCUCGCGGCGCCUGCACCGGCGCUUCCAUAGCUGGUGGGACGAGUGGAGCAAGGUGCACGUGACCCCUGAGAUGGAUGAUGCCACCAACUCGUGGCUGCUUGGCCAGGGCCUGGAGGACAUGAAGCCGUGCACCACCACGCGGCAGCUCGAGAUCGUUCACCACAUGCCGCUCAACAAAUACCGUGUCAAGCCCAUCAAGGAUGCCGUCAUCGACAAGCCGACAGAGUAGGCUCAAUGGCAUCUACUGCAUGACCAUGAAAUGUCGGGUCACAGCACCGGCGCAAACCUUAGCAGCGACUCGUCCUGCAUUAAAAAGUAGCUCUGGCUUUUUAAAACGUAGCCCAAACCUGGCUGAAGCCAGGUCUCUUCUUUGGAAUGGACUUAAUUCAAUGCCCUUGCCAGGUGCUCCAUGUCAGCUAGAGGCUACUUAAGGGAGGUCCUCACCCCUGUUGAUAAUUUUUUUAGGCUUAGUUUUAUCUAGGGGAGGGCCUCACUCAGGCAUUCAUAUCUGGCUGAGCCGAUUUGCUUUACUUGCUAGACAACGAGCAUUCAGUGGAACUGUCAUUGUACACAGAAAUGUUGGACAGGUUUGCCUAUGAAAAUGUAAAUUAUAGGUUUCUCUUUUCCUGCUUGGGUAUUGCUCCAUAGUCUUGGAAGUGUACAGCGCACGUCACACAUGAUUACCGCGUGCCAAUCUGGACCUGUCCUUACGGAGGUUGUAUGGUCAGAUACAUUUUAAAUCCACGGGUGGUAGAACUGUAAGAUCUGUUGGAUGGGUCUGAGCAGUGGUCAAGGGUGCUUGCUGACAGCACUUGCCCCAACAGUCUGUUAAGGCUAUAAAGGGGAUCUUUGUCUUUACAGUGGAAAAGGUGUCGAUCUCGAGUACAGACAUUGUUCAAGCUGCCCAAGUCAGGCUAUUGCUUUAGGGUUAUAGAAUAUUAAGGGACUGCAUUUGCAGUGGUGUACAAUCACAAAUCAAAAAACUCAACUUCCCACGUUCAUCGUUAACACUGCCUUACAACAUAAAUAUACGUAAGGAAUAUUUAAUGGGUUCCUAGGAUGAUAUGCUAAACUUUUGGGCAGCGGCCUUCAGUGUACUUUAUACUCUUAUGUUUUAUAGUAAGGCAGCGUUAAUGACCGAUGUAUUCAACUUUUUCGGUUUGUGCUUUGAGUAUAGUUUGGCUUCAUAGGUAACUUUAAUAAAAAGCAUGCUGACUGUGCUACAUAUUUUGGUUUUUUGUUUCAUCAUUUUUAUACUGCUCGAUUAGUGAGGUACUGUAUUUUAAAGUAAUAUGUACAACAGAUGUAGAAAUCCCAUUUUUGCUAAAAGUUACAUCUGUAUUACAAAACCAUGUUUUAGGUGACUGUUAGACCUUAAUUGUAUUUUCAUUUAAAAAUACAAAAUUCAUUCGUGCUUUUGUAUCCUACAUAAUUGGAGCCGAAAUAACAAUUUGACUUUUGGUUCGUGAUGCACAAGUUGUCUCAUGGUGGUUUCACCGAAUGGUUCUGUGUUUCAUGCAGAACAUUGAAGGGAUGGAUUUGAAUCUCAUCUCAGGGUAGAAUGCUGACCUGAGGUGGCAUACAGAUUUCCCCGUGAGGUCCGUACUCUGACCCCAGUGGUCGGCUAAGCUGAGCCUUUGUCCAAACCAAGUCUCUCUAAAAAAUGAGAAAUAGGUGACGGGCACAGUGGAUUAGGUGGGGGGGGGGGGUGUUUGAGGACUCGCCCCCCCAACCUGCCCCACACAAUCCCGAAGCAGGAGGUAAUCAACUUAAUAUUAAGAAUACAAAUGUGCUGUUCUUAAUGUGUCCUUUUUACUCUUUAAAACAAACCCUAUAGUAAUUAAAUAUAAAUUACUGUAGAUUACCUGCGUUAAUCAGAUGCUAUGUCCCACCACCUCGGCCGAGGGGGGAAAAUCCUGACAUGUGAAGGAUAAAGGUUCGUAUAACAGUUUAGGUGUUUUUAAACAUCUAAACAUUUUUGUACUUUACUCAAUACCCAGUGGAUAUUGUGGAAGUCGUUUUUAUCUUUUACAGAAAGGUGUGCACUUAAAGCCAGGGAUUUGCAUCUGUAUCCUUCACACGUCCCUAAAGAGCUCAAAGCUGUCAAUUUUCCCCCCUCAAGCCUAAGCACUUAAAAAAAACGGUGGAUCUUAAGAAAAUGCGCCAUGGCUAUAAUCGCACAGCCGCCAGCAACAUCACUAAUUGUGAAUGAUAAUAUUACAGUUGCCCUUAAUUUUACUCUAACUCGAUGAGCCAAAGUGUAAUUGGUACCACCUGCAUUUCUUGAUGGCCAUUUAAACGUUUAUUUUGAUAACCCACACAUUUUUAAAAGGGUUUUCACUUCACUGUUAUUGGCCAUGAUAAUAAAAUUUGUACGAAAAUGUUUGACUGGUUGUACCAAGUGAGGUCUUGUCUUGGCACAGACUUAGGUUUGCUGUUAUUUCAUCACCAUUUUUUAAAUAACAUUGUCAUAUCCUACGUGUUAGUGGUACAGUUUGGUAUGGCUUGUCAAGUGUUACUAGAAUUUAUAAUUAUAUAUAUUUUUAAAUUUUUGGUUUAAAGAGUGAGAGAUGCUCUUUUGGGGUGGCUCACACCCUUGCCAAAAGGGCCUUUAUAUUUAAAUUUUUAUUUUUGAUUUACAAACGGCGCUGAAAAGCAUUACCCUGCCUGGUGUAAACUCGCUCUUUGUAAACCUCUCCUGACUUCCUGCGUCGCUGGAAGUGUUUUUGUUUUUCAUAAGACCGCAACCUACCAGCGAGGGCUACAAGAGAAGUGAAAGUGUGCUGUCUGGAGGCUGUGGCCUCUGCCGACAUGUGCUAAGGGCCAGAGGCUGUAUUUCGGCAUGAUGCAUAUAACUUAAUUUCACUGCACAUUUCCCAGAUUGUAAUGACGUCAUUGUCCUGUUGUAUUUUGUGAUACGCAAGUGUAAUAGUGAUUUAAAUAAAAGAUACACUAUGUUGUAAUUGCCA